AACAUUUGUCAUCUUGUAAACAAAAAACAAAGUUAAUUUUUGCCGAAAAUGUCGAGUGAUGUGCUUCGAAAUGUCGGAAACUUGCAGAAGUUAAAAAGAAAGAGGGGCCCUAUAUUUACGAUAGAGGACAAAUAUAUAUUGGUUGAUAUUGUACAAAACAAUCAAACAGUAAAUUUCAAAAACUACUGUUGGGAGACACAAAUUACUACAGAGUAUACUUCAGGAGCUUCCUGUCCACGAUCUACUGCUGUUCUAAAAAAUUGCUGGAAAAAUUUGAAAGCAGAAGGGAGAAAUUUUGCAGCUGACGAGAGGCAAGCGAGAAUUAAGAGAGGUGGAGGUUUGAAGAAAUAUGUGGCUGUGGAUCCCAUUAUAUUUCGGGUCAUAGACCUGAUUCGUCCCACUGCAGUAGGGCUGAUCAAUCCAUAUGACACAGAUAGUGUACUUGGCAAUACUAUGAGCCAAAAUGAAGACAAUUGUAUUCCAGAAAUAGAGGUUUUGGGAGAUACUCAGGUGAAUGUGCAGGGUGGCAGUAACUUAAAUGGAGACUGGUCCCAAUAUACACCGGGGCAGAUGAGGACGCCCAGAACAACUAUCUUGAGAAAACUGCCACAGAGUUCUGUUGAUAUUGACCUGCAGACUUUUAAAAGGCCUGCAAUUACACCUUUGACUGCACAGGAAAUGGCACCAAAAAUAUUUAAGCCUAACAAGGAAAAUUCUUCUAGGCAUCAACUGAAUAGAAGAAGACCUGUUAUAUCACAGGAAAAAAAUGAAGAACUUGUGUCCAAAAGAGUGGAGGCCCUAACAAAGGUGACAUCUCAUGCCGAAGAGGAGCACCAGAUUGUUAUGAAAAUUCACCAUGGAAACUAA